AUGACCACCAACGGCCAAGCUAUCACUGCUUCCCCCAACCACCACCUCCACCACCACCACCAUCUACACAACAGCAAUGCCAACAGCAUCAGCAACGGGACUGUGAUAGCCCAGGAAGGAACCAGCCUGUCUCCAGCAUCGACCGUGCUGACUGUUCGAAUGAUUAUGCAAGGCAAGGAAGUUGGAAGUAUUAUCGGGAAGAAAGGAGAUAACAUCAAGAAAUUCAGAGAAGAUAGUGGAGCCAAGAUCAAUAUUUCUGACGGUUCGUGUCCAGAAAGAAUAGUCACCGUUACAGGGACAACUGACAACAUCUACCGAGCCUUCGGCUUCAUCUGUAAAAAAUUUGAAGAGGACCUGCAGAACACACCAACGACCCCGAAGCCGCCCGUAACGCUAAGGCUUGUGGUGCCGGCCAGCCAGUGCGGCUCAUUGAUAGGCAAGCAAGGAUGUAAGAUCAAGGAGAUCCGGGAGUCGACGGGAGCGUCAAUUCAAGUGGCCAGCGAGAUGCUGCCCAACUCGACAGAACGGGCCGUGACUCUUUCAGGCACAGCAGAUGCCGUGACACAGUGCAUCAAGUACGUCUGUGGCAUCAUGCUGGAG